GCACUGUGUUCCUUCCUCAUUCUCUGUGGCGAUUUAUGCCCUUGACCUGCGGGAUUCUCUCCAGUGUUUUGUCUUGAAGAAGCUGAGACAGACUUCCAAGAGAGAUGGCCCACACCCCAGAAGAUGCUGUCAUGGACACAGGGAGCCUGGCAUCCAGUGAAACGGCCCUUGUUCCCCCCAGUGUAACAAGAGGGGGUUCCAACAAACGUGCCUUUAAGAUUGCAGGCCUCACAACUUUGGCAUGUCUGCUGGUGGCCAGCCAGGUCUUCACUGCCUACAUGGUGUUCGGCCAGAAGCAGCAGAUCCACACGCUGCAGAAGAACUCGGAGAGACUUGGCAAACAGCUGAGCCACUCAUCCCAGAGUCCCGGGGCUCGGGGUCCAAUGAAGAUGGCCAUGCCAAUGAACACCCUGCCACUGAUGAUGGACUUCACUUCAGAGGAGACACCCUUGACUAAACUGGAGGACACUGCUGUUGUCAGUGUGGAGAAACAGCUGAUGGACCUCAUGCAGGACUCCCAGCUGCCCCAGUUCAACGAGACCUUCCUGGCCAACCUGCGGGGCCUGAAGGAGCAGAUCAACGAGACCGAGUGGAAGAGCUUUGAGUCAUGGAUGCGUUUCUGGCUGAUUUUCCAGAUGGCCCAGCAGAAACCUGUUCCCCCAACAUCUGCAGCCUCUUUGAUCAAGACCAAAUGCCAGAUGGAGGCAGCACCUGGGGCCGGCAAGGUCGGUUCAUACAAGCCCCAGUGCGAUGACCAGGGCCGCUACAAGCCCAUGCAGUGCUGGCACGCCACCGGCUUCUGCUGGUGUGUGGAUGAGUCCGGCAAUCCCAUCCAGGGCACCACCAUGCGUGGCCGUCCUCAGUGCGGCGGAGGCUACGCUCCUCGUCGCAUGAUGGUCGCACCCAGGAUGAUGCAGAAGACCUUCAUUCCUGAUGACAACUGAGUCAAAUGAAGCGACGCAGAAGAAACUUCAUGGAGCUAUCUUUGCAGACAUGAGAAAUUGGUUAUGUGAAACUUGAUGCUGAUCUGCUUUUAAGAGGCUAGCACUUUUAAUUCCUGUUGAGCUUUUCUUCCUUGUAAUCCCUUGAUAUUAACCAUGUUUCUGGCUGCUUGAAAUCAAACCAAUAGAAGACCGCUGCAAGUCACUCUUUGUUUUUAAUUUUUAAAAUCUAUUUUAGGGUGUAUCUGCAUCAUCUAAGCAGUGUUUAUCAAAGUAUGUGAGUGUUACAAGUGAGUCUUUGUAAUGAAUGCUUAAAGGGUCAGUUCAUCUUAAUUACAAAUAACGGAGAUCAUUCCACUUUCACAUCGUUUCACUCCACCUCCAUGUUGGGAAAAGUUUGUUAAUGGAGCAUGCAGCAUUGUCAUUUAAAAAUGUGAAGAGCUGAAACUCUUUCCAGAAACAGUGUCCCCUGUUUCUCUGAUAAUCCACAAACCUCACAGAGGACAGUUUUCACAGGUGCUAUUAAAGUAGUUCCUGUUAAAACUGUUCACAGUGAGGUCUGUGGAUUAUUCAGAGUACAGGGGACAUGGUUUCUGGAAGGAGAUGUUGCUGUUCAGUUUCUUAAAUGUUUUCAAUGCUGUAGCACCACAAAUGAAAGCCCAGCUAAAUAAACCCAGAAACUAUCGGUAUUGCUGGUCCAUGAGAGUCGAGUGAGUUGAGUAUCUUAUGUAAUUUGGGUGAACCUGCCCUUUAAAAGUUGGGACUCUUUGAGAAAGUGACUCCUCCUAAAGAAAGUUAAAUAAAGUUUUCCUAACAGCA